CCAGCACCCCACCCACCAGAAACAUCUGGAGCCGAGCACACACCAGAAUCCUCCAACUUUCUGAACCCAGAUCAUACUGAGACUAAAGGACAAAAUAAAGAGGCUCUUUUCACUCUCAUUUACGAAUCUGCAACAAGAAAACAUGUAAAAGUGCGUGAGAUUCAAGUCUAGACACAGGGCAGUUGGGAAAAUUGUGACAAAGGGUGAAGAGAAGAAUUUAGUGGAUUGUGUAGAGUACUGCAGCUGAACGUUAUUUUCCAGCAGUAUCAAUUUUCAAACCUGCCUAAAAGAGUUUUACAGACUCGGUUUCCUGCUUAAUGGCUUCCAAAGACGUGAAGAACAGGGGCGGGAAAUCUCUCAAGGAAGUCCAGACAGUCACUGAGGGUUUGAAGUUUCUCUACCGACAAAAGUUGCUUCCUUUGGAGAAGUAUUACGGCUUCUCAGACUUUCACUCUCCCAGUCUGGAAGAUGCAGACUUUGACAACAAGCCCAUGAUCCUGGUGAUGGGUCAGUGUUCAACGGGGAAGACGACUUUCAUUAGGUAUCUUCUUGAACAAGACUACCCAGGAGGUAGAAUUGGGCCUGAACCUACAACCGACUGUUUCACUGCUAUCAUGCAUAAGAAUGUUGAGGGGGUGAUCCCAGGCAAUGCUCUUGUUAUGGACCCCAACAAACCUUUCCGCAAGCUCAAUUAUUUUGGCAACACCUUCCUCAAUCGGUUCCAGUGUGUGCACUUUCCAAACCAGGUCUUGGAAAGCCUCAGCAUCAUUGACACACCAGGAAUUUUGUCCAGCACGAAGAAAAGGAUGAGCAGAGGCUAUGAUUUCCCAGCAGUCCUCCGCUGGUUCGCUGAACAUGUGGACCUCAUCAUCCUCCUGUGCGAUGCCCACAAACUGGAGCUCUCAGACGAGUUCUCACGCUCCAUCGUGGCCCUACGUGGACACGAAGACAAGUUGCGCGUGCUGCUCAACAAGGCCGACAUGGUGGACUCGCAGCAGCUGAUGCGGGUUUACGGUGCGCUGAUGUGGUCGCUGGGCAAAGUAAUUUGCACCCCGGAAGUCCUAAGGGUCUACAUCGGCUCCUUUUGGUCCUCUCCAUUCAGGACAUCAGAGAACCGCGUGCUGUUUGAGCGAGAGGAAGAAGAUCUUUUUAACGAGAUCCAGAACCUACCUCGAAACUCUGCCCUGAGAAAACUUAAUGACCUGGUAAAGAGGGCACGACUUGUGAGGACUCAUGCUUAUAUAGUUAGCUUUCUGAAAGAGGAAAUGCCCUUGUUUCGCCGAAAUAACAAAAAACGUGACCUGAUUUAUGACCUUCCAGUCGUUUUCUCAAGGAUCCAACAGCGGCAUCAGAUCUCAGCUGGUGAUUUUCCUGAUUGUGCAAAGAUGCAGGAGCGACUAAUGGAUUGUGACUUCACCAAGUUUAAAACCCUAAAACCCAAACUCAUAGCAAGCCUGGAGGAGCUCCUAACGACCGACAUCGCUAAGCUGAUGCCACUUCUGCGCCAAGAGGAACUCGUGAUAGCUGACCAGCCUGGCGUCCAAGGAGGUCCUUUACCCGGAACGAACAGAGGCCCUUUUUUUGAAGGGAACCCGUUCUAUUAUUCAGGAGCCAGUCAAGAGUGUGAGGAACUGAGUGAAGAAGCUUGGGUAGUCUCUAAAGAUAAGCCAAAAUAUGAUGAGAUCUUCUACAACCUGUCUCCUCAGGAUGGCAAGCUCAGCGGGAUCAAAGUAAAGGACUGGAUGACCAGCACUCGGCUGCCGAACUCGGUCCUUAGCCGAAUUUGGAAGCUGUCAGAUGUGGAUGGAGAUGGCAUGCUCGAUGAUGAAGAGUUUGCUUUGGCCAGCCACCUUAUUGAGGUGAAAUUAGAGGGCUUUGGGCUUCCUCCCAAGCUCCCUGCUGACCUGGUCCCACCUUCUAAAAGAAGACGUAAAACCUCGAGCACAGAGAACAGGGAAGACUGCAGGGAAGCUUAGACGCUUGUCUUUAAAUAUACAGCUUUGUUCUGAUGCUAGUUCGAGUGGAUGAAUGAUGACUGAGCAAGGUUUACUCACGAAAGAUUUCUAUGACUUAUGCACUUAAAAUCAACUCUUGGUUGUGUCUAGCAUAUAAAAGUUCCAUUUUUGUCAUUUUUAGUAAAAUAUGAAUUGAAAUAAUUUUAUAUUUUGCCAAUAAUCCCACAAUACAGCAAUGUACCAUUAUUUAAAAAAUUCUUAAAUUUGGACUCAGCAGAACAAUUGUGUAAGCUUAUUAAUACAAUAAAAUAACUAUAACAGCUAUAACAACAGUAGUUAAUGAUGGUUAACAGUUCUCUUCAUCAUUAUCAUCAUCAUUUCAUGAAAAAAAAUUAAUAAAAUCACACUUCGAGGGUCAACAUUCAACAACAUUUAGAAGCAGUGAUGUAAAAUACACUGAUCAGCCAUAACAUCAUGACCACUGAGUUCAGGGCCAGCCAGUGCAGUUUCAUAAUAUUCAAAUAAUGCUGGAUUAGUACAAUUUGCAAAAACACCUCCCAGUUGAUAUGCACUGAGAGGUUUGUUCUCUUCUAAAAGUCUUAAAAAACACAUGUGUAAACAUCUGUAUUGUGUAACCGCAUAUCGGUCUUGACCAACCCAGUCUAUGUACUUUCUAGCCUGGUCAUGAUGACUUGGGGUUAGCCGUUGGGGUUUUCUUUUCCUCAAUCUAAUUGUACUUUGUCAGCUCAUUUGUAUGGUUGAAUUGUUUUGUUUUACUUGAUGGUUUGCUAAUUGUUGUUACUUCGACAGAAUAUUACACUGUCAUUCUGCCACUUGAUCAGUUGGCACUAUAACUUUCUUGUCUAGAAAUUCAGCACUUCUUGUACCUGACUUUUGCACUUGUUCUACGUCGCUCUGGAUAACAGUGUCUGCUAAAUGCCUGUAAUGUAAUGUAAUGUAAUGUAAUGUAUACAUUAAAAAAUGAACAUACUGCAUACACUUAUAGAAAAUAAAGUACAUUAUUCUACUUUAGGGGUACAAUGGCUUGUCACUGAAGCAGCACCCUCUAAGCAGUGUUGUAGUCCAGUCACUAAAUCUCAAGUCCAAGUCUAGUCUUGAGUCCCCAGUGUUCAAGUCCAAGUCAUUAAAGAAAAUUUCGAGUCGAGUUGAGUCCAUUAUUGAGCCAAGUCGAGUCCGAGAACAAGACUCCAACCACACCAUUUGUGAAACCAUCUCUGCUACUGUGUUGGACUAACAUUACUGCUCGACUGCCCCAUUUUAGUUAAUAGGCUACAGAAAAAAUGCUUGUUCAUUGCUCAGCAAGCCCCGCCCACUAUCAACAGGGCAAAUAGCAUGAGAGAGGGUUAACACUAGCUAGUUCAUCGCUCAGCAAGCAAGCCCCGCUAUCAAAAGAGCAAUGAACAUAGCAUGUCACUUACUUCUCUGGGUGGAGUCUUGCCAAAUGACAAUAGAAGUUCAAGGUUGUCCCCGUCGUCAACUCGAGACAUAAGGAACACAUAGCAGUGCAUUUUUUUCCACUGCACAAGAAGUCUGUAUAGGCAAAGAGGACAAUACUAGGAGCGUUCUCUCCAGGCAUUUUAGCACUAUUAACGUUAGUUUGUUCCUGAA